GGCAUCGACAUGCUGCAGCCAGUCUUGAAGUGCUUGAGGCCCGCUUCUCGAGCAGCCUGGAGCUCGAGCCCACGGAGGAUAUCUCAAGGGUCCCUGCAGGGCCUCUGGCGGAGCCCCGGGCCUUCCAUUUGCUGCCUGAGAGGCUUUGCAACCCAGUCCUCACUACAACCAGUUCAACUGCGAGACUACCAGCGGGAAUGUAUCCAGUCUGUUGUGUCUGCAUUGAAGAAUGGACACAAGAGAGUCGGGAUCUCACUGGCCACGGGAGGUGGUAAAACUGUCAUUUUUACUCAUCUCAUAUCACACAUCGACCCUCCUGCAGAAAGAGCAACUCAGACUUUGAUAUUGGCUCAUCGUCGAGAACUGGUAGAGCAGGCAGCAAGGCACUGCAUCAGUGCAUACCCUGACAAGACAGUCGAGAUAGACAUGGCCAAUGCCAAAGCCAGCGGCCUUGCAGACAUCACCGUCGCUAGCGUCGCAAGCCUCCAGAAGGACGAGAGGCUCCAGAAGUACAACCGAGACAACUUCAAGCUCAUCCUUGUCGACGAGGCUCAUCAUAUAGUUGCACCCGGCUACAUGAAAGUUCUCAGACAUUUUGGGCUCGACAAGAAGAGCGCCGAUACCCCGAACUUGGUCGGCGUAUCAGCAACAUUCUCAAGAUUUGAUGGCGUCAAACUCGGCGCAGCCAUCGACGAGAUCGUCUAUCAUAAAGACUAUGUCGACAUGAUCGACGAGAAAUGGCUCUCUGGCGUCAUCUUCACCACCGUGAAAUCCACGGCAGACAUCACGCAAGUCAAGAAGAUGCAGGGUGGGGGCGACUUCGUAGCCUCAGAGCUGUCCAAGGCUGUCAAUACAGAGCAGGUCAACGAUGUGACGGUACGCUCGUGGCUGGCCAAGGCGCCCGAGAGGAAGUCGACGUUGGUGUUUUGCGUGGAUCUGAGUCACGUCGCAGGUCUCACGGCCAAGUUCCGGCACUACGGCCUUGACGCUCGGUUCGUCACUGGGGAUACACACAAGAUCGAGAGAGGCGAGAUCCUAGACGCUUUCAAGCGCGGCGAAUUCCCUGUGCUGCUGAACUGCGGUGUCUUCACUGAGGGCACCGACAUCCCUAACAUCGACUGCGUUGUUCUUGCUCGGCCUACUCGCUCUCGAAACCUUCUCGUCCAGAUGAUUGGUCGAGGCAUGAGGCUGCAUCAAGGGAAGAAGGACUGUCACAUCAUCGACAUGGUAUCGAGCCUCGAGACCGGAAUUGUGACUGUCCCGACGCUAUUUGGCCUCGACCCCAGUGAGUUGAUUAACAACGCCACCGUGGACGAUAUGAAGAGCACUAGAGAACGCCAAGAGGCCGAGGACACGCGUCAAAAGCAGGUAUAUGAUGGCGAGGCUCUCUCAAUUCCACAAGGCCUCCCCCAGAAGGUCACCUUCACAGAGUACGACUCCGUCUUCGACCUAAUUUCAGACACAUCAGGCGAGAGGCACAUCUACACCCUCACCCACAACUCGUGGGUACAGGUCGGCCCUAACAAGUACAUCCUAUCUAGCGAUUCUGGGACAUACCUGCGGCUGGAGAAGGACAGCACCGAGGAUGCAGGCUCGGCCUUCUGGCGUGUCAUUGUCAUGCGAAAGCUGUCAGCCAGUGUAAAAUCCAAGUCGCCGUAUGCCACACCUAGGGAGCUCCUCAAGGCGACGAGCUUCGCUGACGCCGUCCACGGCGCAGACAAAUAUGCUGGCGAGCAUUUCCCGCACUACAUCAUCUCGAGACGACAGGGGUGGCGGAACGCACCGCCGACAGACGGGCAGCUCAAGUUCCUGAACAAGAUGCGCCCGGCGGAGGACCCGCUGACGGCUGCUGAUAUCACCAAGGGCAAGGCUGCAGAUAUGAUCACAAAGAUCAAGCAUGGUGCCCGAGGGCGCUUCUCGGACCUGCAGGCCACCAAGCGGAAGCAGGUCAAGCAGCAGACUGUAUGGGAGCAGGAAGCGCAGAGGAAACAAAGAGAGAAGGUCACCGUUGGUCCGCUUGAGAGAUGA